CGGAAAACUAAAGAUUUCUCAUUUUGGGUCCAAUCCACUUUCGCGCCACCUUCGUUUCAUUCAUCCACUCAUCAUUUUCUUUCAAUUCUCACCUUUUUUUCUUUUAAUAUCCUCUCUCUCUCUCUCUCUCUCUCUCUCUCUCUCUAUCUCUUUCAAUUUUCCUUCUUCUCUGAUCUAAUCUAACCUGCGAGCUGAGGCUGUUGUGGGGCUGUAUAUGAAGUGGUUACCUUGCUUGGUUCUUCAGACAGUGGAAGCUAGGGAGAGCUUUGUUUUUUGCAUUUACAGUGGUCCAAGCAGAAUGAUUUGAGUGGAUUUGGUUUUUCACUCUGAGAUCUGCUGUGCAAAUCUGUAACCAAAAUUUCAAUCUUGGAACAGUAAUUUAAGUUUGGAGUAAGAUGUCUGGUGAAUCAGCUCCCAAACCUCGAUUAGUAUUAUGUCCUAGGUGCCGGCAGCUUCUUCAGGAGAAUCCAGAUUUUGAUGUGUACAAGUGUGGUGGAUGUGGCACAACUCUUCAAGCUAAGAAACGAAGAAGUAGGUCUAUCAACUCAGAAUCCAGUACACAUAAAACUGGUGCAGCUCCUACAAACGCAUUGGACCCUAAAGCUGAUGAUAAACAAUACAGCAAUGGAGAGAAGCUAGUUAGUCGUCAGGAGAAUGGUUUAAGGAAAAAAGCAACAAGUUCUUCCUCAGGAGAAUGUUCUUUGGAUGGAAAUGAUAGAAGGGGUCAAAUUGAAAGUGGUGAGUGCAAUGAAGAGCAGCUAGUCACUUCUCAAGUGAAUAGUUUGAGGGAAAAAGAAACUAGUUCUUCCUCAGAAGAAUGUUCUUCGAAUGGAAAUAUUUUAAAGGAUCGAACAGAAAAUGGUGAAUGCAAUGGAGAGCAGCCAGUCAUUUCUCAGGAGAAUGGUUUGAGGGCAAAAGUAUCCAGUUCUUCCUUGGGAGAAUUUUCUUUGAAUGGAAAUGGUGGAAGGGAUCAAAUUGAUAAUGGGGAAUGCAGUGGAGAGCAGCUAGUUACUUCUCAGGAGAAUGGUCUGAGGGAAAAGGCAACUAGUUCUUCCUCAGGUGAAUGUUCUUUGAACGGAAAUGGUGGAAGGGAUCAGAGUGAAAAUGGUGAAUGCAGUGGAGAGCAGCUAGUUACUUCUCAGGGGAAUGGUUUGUGGGCAAAGGAAACUAGUUCUUCCCCAGGAGAAUGUUCUUUGAAUGGAAAUGGUGGAAGGGAUCAAAUUGAAAAUGGUGAGUGCAAUAGAGAGCAGCAAGUUAUUUUGAAGGAGAAUGAUCUGAGGGAAAACACAACUAGUUGUUACUCAGGAGAUGGUUCUAUAAAUGGAAAAGGUGGCAUGGAUCAAAUUGAAAAUGGUGAAUGCAAUGGAGAGAAGCUAGUUAUUUUGAAGGAGAAUGAUCUGAGGGAAAACACAACUAGUUGUUACUCAGGAGAUGGUUCUAUAAAUGGAAAAGGUGGAAUGGAUCAAAUUGAAAAUGGUGAAUGCAAUGGAGAGCAGCUAGUUAUUUCUCAGGAGAAUGGUUUGAGGGCAAAGGCAACUAACUCUUCCUCAGGUGAAUGUUCUUUGAAUGGAAAUAGAGGAAAGGAUCAAAUUGAAAAUGGUGAAUGCAAUGGAGAACAGCUUGGACAGUUCAACUUAUCCAAUGGAGAAUUGGAAAACCAGAUGGAUAUCUAUAAAUUAUCAGAUAUGAGAAAGCAUACAGUGUCCAACAAUGGUUGCUCAGUUGAGAUAACUCACUUUGAGAAUGAGGCUUCAGCAGAAUGGAUGGCAGAUAAUUCAGUGGAAAAGGAAAAUGAUACAAACUUGCAACCAGAAGGAGAAGAUCUAUGUAAUGGAAAUGUGCCAUUAGAUGGAGCAGGAGCACAGUUGUUUAGUGAAUUGGAUAAAGAUGAUGUAAAUGAUGAGAAAUCAAGGCUAAAGUCUGUAGUGCAUGUUGCCAGAAACGAUUUAGAAGGAACCCAAGAGUUGAAUAAUGCAAACUUGUUAUUAGAAGGAGCAGAACAAGAGUUAAUUUCUGGUUCAGACAGAGAAGUCUUACAUGACAAAUCAGCUCUAGUUGAUACAAACCCUAAAGUGGACAUUAAUGGAAGCUAUAAAGAAGGAACAGAAGAGUUAAAUAGUGGAAACUUGUUAUUAGAGGUAACAGAAGAGGAGUUGAAUGUGCGUGUAUCAGAUGGUGAAGAUCCUAAACAUAGCCAAUCAGCUCUAGUUGGUGCAAAAUCUGAAGUGGACAACAUUACAGGAAAUGCAUCUACUGCCAAAAGGUCAAGUACCGAAGGAAGCAUUUCACAUGCUUGUACUAGUAACCUUGAAGAAGGUACAUCUGGUAAUCAUGUAUCUUCCAAAAAUAUUCACCAUAGCUUUGAUCGUCUAAGAUCGGUGAAUACAUUUGAUAACACAGAAGAAAUUAAUCCCAGUUCAGAGAUUAGUGGUACUCUUGGAGAAUUCUCUAAAUCUCCAACCACUCGAAGCUCUCAUGCUUAUGAUGGCAGUGUCUCUUCAAAUGAUGGGGUGGAUGAGCGGUUCCCUAGUCAAUAUUUAGAUUCUUUUGAGAAUGCUUGCACUGUUGCCAAUGAUGUUUCUGAGGGAGGAUCCAGAAAGGGAAAAGGCCUUGUUAAUAACGUGUUAUAUGGAGAUAUUGAAACACAAAACCAAUCAUAUUUUCCCAAGGGAAAGCUUCAUGUCCCAGAAGACAACAGGGGGAAUCAAAACGAAGUGCCAGAGACUAUAAGACAUGGUCAUGCACAUUGGAUGAGAACAGAGAAAGAUGAGUUUCCAUCCAGAUUGCCUCACCAUCGAAGUGGUUCUCAUUCUGGCUAUGAAAGUGGCAGCCCAUCUCAUCAAACUCAUGAUGAUUUCUACUACAGUUCAAGCUACCUUUCACCUGACUCCUAUGAGGAGCCCAACCAGGAGAAGAUGAAGCUAUUGAGAAUGGUUUAUAAAUUGCAGGAUCAACUCAACAGAACCAGCUACGCAAAUGGGGGGGAAACAAAUGGAAAAUUGUCCAUGGGAAAUCAUAUUUCUGCAUACCAAAGCCAUGAUCUUCAUGAAAGAAGAUUUUAUCAUGGUCUCGAUUACCCUAGGUGUGAUGGAAGAUGUAGUCAUGGAAUCAACUGGAGCCAAAAGCAUAAAUUUUCACAGGUACCUUAUUUAGCUGAGCCAACAAGCAGCACACACCAUGUUGAUCAGUCUUGUUUCCAUUGCUGUCCCCAAGAGUGGCAAUGCUCAGCAGAGUUGCUUCCACCUGUUCCUUAUCAAUAUGAGGAGUUAUGUAGGCCCCAUCCAGGUCACAGUUGUUGCUUAUCUCACCAUUCCUAUCCUUCAAGUCCACAAUGGUUAAUGACCUCUAAACUCCUAGUAAAUGGCCGUGAAGCAAAAUCUUGUGAUCAGAGGUACAUGGCUCCCGAGGUGAAGAAAUAUUUUAGGGAAAAACCGAGCAUGACUAAGCGACAUUACCGGCCAGUAGCAGGUGGAGCACCAUUUGUCACUUGUCAUAAAUGCUUAAAGCUGCUGCAACUACCUGCAGAUUUCCUCCUUUUUAAAAGGGUAAUGCACCAGCUCAAAUGUGGGGCAUGUCAAGAGGUACUCAAAUUUUCUCUGCAGAACAGAAGCCUUAUAGUCUCUUAUGCACCAAAUGCUCUAGGGCCCACAUCAAGUGACCUUGAUGACCAAAACAAGGUGAUAGUUGGCAGCAAUCCACUUUCAGAAUCUCAUGCCAACCACUAUCAUUCUCCCCAAGUAAACCACAUUUCAUAUUCUGAUGAUUAUGCCAAUUCUGUCAAUAAAAGCUACUCCUCAGAAGGAGAUCCUGUUUCUGUAACGCCAUCAAAUCCCUUGAAUGGCAGUGCAUAUGAUAAGCCUACCGUCUCUUCUGGCACCUUUGAGCCUAAAACAGAUGAGGAGAAAAUUUCUUCAAGAGGUCCUAGUACAAGUAAGGCUCCAGUUGAAACGGAUGAAGUAGCUGUGAACUCCAAUAUGUCAUCAGAAGUGGAGGCCCGUUUGGAACCCAAAAGUUCAUCACUUCAUCAUCUGAUGGGUUAUUCCUCACCAAGUCAAGUGAUAAGAGGGGUUCCAAUGCCAUCCUCUGGUGAAGGAAAAGAGCAGAUACUCAAUGGGGAAAAGGAUCUGAGUCAUAACUCUCAACAGAGCUGAAAUGUCAUGCAUUGGCUCAAAUGACAAUUAUGUUUAUUCUAUUUAUUUACGGUGAAUCUAAAGUGAUGCCGGGAAAAUCAAGAACCGGCACGGGGGUCCUUUAUCUGAAUUUGGGAUGUAGUGAUGAUGCAUCAUACAUACAAUGAGUUGUUUUGUUUAGUUAGUUUUCUUGAACUGGCAAUAAGAUUGACUUGUUGCUCUACAAUGUGUAUUAGAAGCAGAUUCAUUAGCCCCAUUAUUCAAUUUUCUGUGUAACAGUUUGGCAACAGAUGCUGAAAAUAUAAUUCUUGUAAAAACAUGAUUUUGGUGUGUAUAGCAGUAAUUAUUGUGUGUAUUUUAAAAUUUU